UUUGAUGAGGUGUUUGAAACUUGGCUUAAAGAUUAUCAUGACUUGGAUUUCAGAUAGUAAGUUUAAACUAUGUCGUUGUUGCCUCUGUAACAAAUUUCCUAAAAUAGUGCAGAAGAAAAACCCUAGCAAUUGGACCAGUGAAGGAGCCCCGAUCAAGAUGAGCAAUGCCUCUGAUUGAGCAAAUGUGAGCAAUGACAACAAUGGAUAACUCUGUUUCAAGGCCUGAGAUAGGAGCCAGUAACUCUCAUUUGUACUCUGUCCCAAAACCUCAAGUUAUUUACCGCUGUAAAAAAUGUCGAAGAAUUGUUGCAUCAGAAGAGAACAUAGUUCCUCAUGAGCGUGGAAAGGGAGAGCAAUGCUUCAAAUGGAAAAAGAGAAGUGGUGACCCCCAGGAGAAGGAAACCACUGAAUGCUCCUCCAUAUUUGUAGAGCCCAUGAAGUGGAUGCAAACAGUACAAGAAGGGUUUGUUGGAGAAGGCCUUGUAGGAGAGAAACUUCAGUGCAUGGGCUGCAAACCACGCUUGGGUUCCUUCAACUGGGCGGGAAUGCAAUGCAACUGUGGAACAUGGGUUAAUCCUGCAUUUCAGCUGCAUAAAAGCAGAUUAGAUGAAUGCUUCAUAUAGAGUCGUAUUGUAUUUGGUGCAACAGAAAGCAGUGAAAUCCUUGGAAUUAUAGGUGGAUAGAAAUGCCAAGUUGACUGAACAGUGGCUGUCAUUAUAAGUUCUAAAUUUCUUUUUAUUAUUCUCUUUUGGCAAA